AUGGAAAGAGCCAGGCGAAGGGGAGGAGGCGGCGGCGGCCGCGGCCGCGGAGGCAAGAAUGUGGGGGGCUCUGGCCUAAGCAAGAGUAGACUCUAUCCCCAGGCCCAGCACUCCCACUACCCCCACUACGCGGCUUCAGCCACCCCUAAUCAGGCCGGGGGCGCAGCCGAAAUCCAGGAGCUGGCCUCCAAACGAGUGGACAUCCAGAAAAAGAGGUUUUACCUAGACGUGAAGCAAAGCUCCAGAGGCCGGUUCCUGAAGAUAGCCGAAGUCUGGAUAGGGAGAGGCCGGCAGGACAACAUCAGAAAGAGUAAACUGACCCUCUCCCUGUCGGUGGCAGCUGAGCUGAAGGACUGUCUAGGGGACUUCAUCGAGCACUACGCCCACCUGGGCCUGAAAGGCCACCGGCAAGAGCAUGGCCACAGCAAAGAGCAAAGCUCCAGAAGGCGGCAGAAGCACUCUGCACCCUCCCCUCCCGUCUCGGUGGGGUCCGAAGAGCACCCUCACAGUGUCCUCAAGACAGACUACAUAGAGAGGGACAAUAGGAAAUAUUACCUAGACCUAAAGGAAAAUCAGCGGGGUCGCUUCCUAAGGAUUAGACAAACCAUGAUGCGGGGGACUGGCAUGAUUGGUUAUUUUGGCCACAGUUUGGGCCAAGAACAGACUAUUGUCCUCCCAGCUCAAGGAAUGAUUGAGUUUCGUGAUGCCUUGGUUCAGCUGAUUGAAGACUAUGGUGAAGGGGACAUUGAAGAACGUAGAGGUGGAGAUGAUGACCCGCCUGAGCUCCCAGAGGGGACUUCAUUCAGAGUGGACAAUAAAAGGUUCUACUUUGAUGUGGGCUCUAAUAAAUAUGGAAUAUUCCUGAAGCUCACAAAUUACCCUAAACCCAGAGGGAAUAUCAACCCUUUUCACUGUUGUCAAAUCAAGCAUAAGGAACCACCCUAUGAUACUACAGAAACAGCUGAGGAAUAAGGACUAAGUCUCUUGGGUUACACCUCAGAAUAAAGGCGUUCGGUGAAAGACACGAACAAAGUUCCUCGUGAAUGCAAAGCAUCUGUACUUGGCCUAAGACAAGUAUCAACACCAUUGGCAUCAUUUCCAAACCGAUCUUAUGUGAAAUACCUUCCAGCACUUUGGAGUCCUUCUCACCUCUAUCGGGUUUUGGUUUUUGUUUUUUUUUGAAUUCGCCAAACCUUUCACCUUUCAAACCACCAUUUGUCAGCACCUGAGGUAGUGAGACGUAUAGAUUUGAAAAUACUUUCUUAAGAGAUCAUGUAACUAUCUAACUCUGCAUUGAAAAAUUUAGGUGGGGAGGAAUAAUUUCAACCCACUUUCUCUUACAAGACACAUUUUUUUUAAAUCUGUAACUGCUUUAGUGUUAACAGGGUACAGGUGGGGGUUUGUCCUGUAUUGUACUUAAAAGAUUCUCAUUUAUUGUGACUGUAUUGUACUGUAUGAAAACAAAUCAUAAAUUGCCUUGUAUUGUUUAUAAUAGACCAUACCACGUACUCCUUCAGUUCUGAUGUUCCAGAUUUUUCAGUGAUGCAUGUUAACAGUUAGGUCCUAAAAUUCUGUGGUGCUAAUUCUUCCAUAUCCGAUGGUGCUUUUGUGGAUGCUAACUGCAUACAUGCUGAACAAAGCUUGAAGUUUAAAAACUUUCCUCCCUUCCUCUGUUUAUAAGAAGUAAAAUAAAAUAACUUGAAUUUGUCUCAAAGUAUCACUGACAAUCUAAUAAACUUGUUUAUAUGUGU